UAACAUUAAAAAAAGGAAUGGGAGAGGAUGAUGAAGAUGAGCGCGUCUUCUUGUUUCCCGAGACACUAUGCUGUAUGGGUUGACGAUUGAUUGGUUUCAAUUAAUAAUAACCAACAACGGAGGUUGGGCAAAGGAAUUAUUUAACGCCAAUUACAUCCAAAUGUCAAAGGCGGUUUACCUCGACGUGGCUUACUUGCAUGUGAAGGAAAUUCCUUCCUUUACCAUCCUUAAAGCCGGAGAGGAGCAGAAGCAGAUUGACAAACCCUGCUGACCGUUAGGUUCAAUCACCAAUAGCGCUUCAACACGCAGCAUUGCUGGCUGCGAGCCUUGCACAAAGAUGUCUGCAGCGCAUAGCCUUUUCUGACGCACCUCUACGUGUUCUGACUGCAGGAAGAGCUCUCCUUGCAGCUGGCUCUUGGGCCAGUGAGAUGUGCCACAAAACGAGGCGAAUUCCGUGUUACACUCGCGGAGUGGCUGCGAUUCACUUUAUUCAAAACCGGCGGCAUCAGGCGAAUUCUGAAUGCUAUAUUUUAUAUUCGGUUUGCUUCCACUUGCUUUUGGAAGCCUACAACUCCCUUUCUCUUGUUUCAUGCUCUUCUCCACUUUGCGCCAAAACACUAUGGUGUGAGUAAACGAUGCGAUGAUUUUGGAGUGCCGGCCGUCAGCGUCAGGGUAUCUUCACCUCACACACACGUCAAGCACUCAUGUCGACAAGAACCUCUGGGCCACGUCUCGACCCGUUGCCCGUUUCGUGGCACUCCACCUCCGAGGGGCACCACGCUGCUCUAGGUGACGAUGGUGCUGCGUUGCCUGACCGCUUCUACCCCAAGGAGACCUCGCCAUUUGACCACGACUCUCAACCACCUGGUGACGAUGCUUGGAUAGCCCAGGAGCAACCACAAGAUACAUUCGCUUCAGAACCAUUUUGGCAUGCACUUACAGUUGAGGUUCGUCAAACAUCGCUUGACUCUGGUAAAAUAUACAAAAUCCAACCUCAACAAGACUAUGGCCGGCUUGGGUUUUUGGGGAAGAUCCCAAACUUCUCUCGACCUUUUCGCUCGCUGUCUUCAGCCCGGGGUAGAGACGAUACACAUUCUGAACCACAGGUCGUGAAGGAGAAGCCAAAAUCGCAGGAGAGCACCAAGCAUAUACCCCUGGCUGUGCAAGAACGGGAGAUUCUCCCAGUCCACUCUGAUUCUGAAAUCCAAGCUUUGGAUCACUUCCGGAACCAUAUUUCUAGCAGCACCUCACACACGUCCGUGACACUACAAGGCCAUAUUGAAAAUCAUCACAAUUUAAUGCAACCAUGCGGUCAACCUCCGCCGGAAACGGGACGACGCCCAUCUAGCCCAUCCGCGAUCCCCAAUGAUUGUCCCGAUGACUACCCUAUUGGUCCAAGCAAUCUAACUCGUCCUCCAUCUCCUGAUAAUCCUGAGAGCCCUCCUCCUCCUGAGCCACCCCCCCGGGAGGAACGGCCGCACAAUUCUGCGUCCAGAACACUUAACAGAUUAAAGGGUCAUUUCCGCACAUCUCAUAACAAAACCUCCUCGAGAAAUUCCGAUAACUCAUCCACUCACACCCAACCCCAAACUACGGACAAAAUUCAAAACCCUGAAAACCGUUCAACAUCGUCAUGGUCAACAACCCUCAAGCAAGCCCUGAAUUAUCUUCCGCGACGGCAAAAAAGGGAAACAGGCCACGAACACAUACCUCGAGACCAGCAUGUUGAUUCAAAUUGCAGUAACCGGAGAAAUUCCACAAAAGAGCCACAUACAGGGAGAGUGAUCCGUGAUCAAAGCCCAUCGAUAAGGUCGAAAGCUCUCACAAGAGAGACCGAGUGCUCCACCUCAAAACCGCCCACAUCGAUUUUGUCCAAUGCCAGCUCUUCCUUCGAGAAGCCUCGCUUGCCUCUAAAAGUGGCAACAACUCCCCUCACUACAGUUAAAGAGUUUCAUUGCACGUUUUGCCUGUUCGAAUGUCAGAAUAAAACAGACUGGCUCAAACAUGAACAAAGAUUCCACCUGGAGGACCUCGAAAAUUUCAGUCGACCUUCUAAACUUAAAGAAGCACGACGCGAUGAAAUCAGCUCAUCAGGCUCGCGGUGGAGCAGAGGUAAGAGUAUUCGCAGACUCCUAACUAAAUCACAACCUCAGUCAUCCAGCUCCUCGUCCCACAGCCAGCCUAGCGCACAGAGCACUGGAGGGAGUAUCUACUCCAGUCAACGCAACGAGCCGCAAGCAGCCGCGAACAUAUUCUGGACCUGCGGCUUUUGUGACGAACUCCUGCGCUCCUGGGAAGACCGACAGGCCCAUCUUGCCGAGCACUUCAGCAACGGCCAGACCAUGCGAAUGUGGGAUCCCAUGAAAUCGCCAUUCCCAUGGCGCAAAGGCUCAGCCGGAACUGUUGAUGCCCCGUCAUACUGGGACUUGCCGUCGCUACUCACGCUACAGCGCCCCACGCUGCAAGAUUCCAUAAAUCAGAUCGGAACAUCACCCAACCAGCGGGCAACAACAGCGAAGCCCUGUAAAGACUGCCAGGUGCCGCACCCCAGCCUCGACCAUUACGACCUCUGGCACCAACCCAGGAACACCUACACCUGUCCCCAAAUCACCGAUUAUACAAACCUAGCAGAUUUCUUCGACGAGGACGAAGACGAAACUGGGGAGCUGGUUGUGGACUGGUGCAAUGCUUGUGAGGAGAGGCUCGACAGAACCCAUUAUCUCGACAGGGACGUGCGCAUGCACCACCUCUGGGAUUUCCAUGGCUUCGGUGAUUGUGUGGGUUGGCAUGAUUGUCUGGAUGAGGGCCAGUUUGUGUUGCAUCUGGCGAAUGCCCAUGCUGUUAAUAUUGAGUAUAUCAAGGGGCUUGUUCGCAGGUGUACCAGAGUCAGGGAUGCGCCGGUAACGAUGGUGGUGGGCAGGGGCCGCUCAUGGGAUGAAAGGUGGUCGAGUGCGUGAGAGAAAACUGACUGAUUUCAAUCUUACAUCGGUCACCCUCCUGAUGAAGCCGUGUUUAUUUUUAUUUAUUUUUAUUUUAUUUUUAAUUCUUUUGCAUAAGCGUGGCGUUGGGUGGGCGGUACAUUUCUGUUAAAUGUGGUAGCUCUUUUCUUUGAGUUUUCUCUCUGCAUAAUAUACCCAUUCCGCAGUU